AUGAAUGCUCACAACCACCACAAAAUUUUGUCAGAGGGAUCAGCUACUCCAUUACAGUUGUUUGCAGUUUAUAUGCCCUGGACAUAUUUUCAUGGUGGUGAAUUGAAUGACCCAACUCCGGAUGAUUGGGCAGCAGAGCUGCCAGAAACUUCAGUGGUAACAGUACCUAGGGUCCAGAGUCCACUGUCUGCUGCUAACCUUCACCUACUUCAAAAUAAAACUAACCCAUUAGCGACCUCUAGCACCAAUGGUAAAGAUUUGUAUUUAGAAACAGUUGAAUUUGUUGGUAGGAUCAUUUUAAAUAGUACUGACGAAAGUCACGAAACUGCUUAG